UAGAUUUGAAAUAUCAGUGUAUCAUUUGAAUAGAUGAACUGCAAUAAAGAAAAGAAUACAGGAAUAAGGCAUUGAAGCUGUUUGAUGCAGUACUGGAAUUUGUUAUUUCAGUAUUUGUUAACUGGUUUCUGAUUGAUACUCGAAAGUCUUGAAACUAUAAAUCAUGCUACCAUUUACAACUGUUCCGAACAUUAUUGCGAAACUUGCUGCUGCACGAAAGGAUGAUGGUAAUGAAGUUGACAAGAAAUUUGUUGAAAAAAGUAUCAAGUUUUUGGUAAACAAGUUUAAAUCAAAAUCUACUGGGCUGAAUGAUUUAAAGACAGCGGUUCUGCAGCAGACACCGAACACGGGCUGUGUUGUUAUAUCCAAGUCCGACUGGAAGAUGUUUGUUAGAACUAAAAAUGAAUCAACAAACUUAAAUGGAAGUUACAGCAGUGGAGCUGAUAUAUCAUCGAAAAAGCUUCACCCUAAUGUUUGGUUCUGUAGUUUAUGGAGAUGGCCUGAUUUGACAUCGCAAAUUGAAUUGUCUUUUAUACCUACCUGCAUGCACAGUCAUAAAAAUGAUGAAGUCUGUGUUCAACCAUAUCACUACAACAGAGUUGAAGCUCCAGUACUUCCACCAGUGAUGGUACCCAAAGCAGGAGAACCUUUACCAUCCAGGGAUAUGUUGGCACCAAUUACCAUUGAAGGUGGAUCUGUACCAGGAAAUGCGACCUUCGAUGAUAGAGUGGAGCUUCAUAACUUUCCAUUGCCAGAGACUCCACCGCCAGGAUACAUGAGUGAAGAUAGUGAGGCAGCAGAUCAAGAUCAUUCUAUGAAUAGUCCUGAUUCCCAGCAUUACAAUUCUGAUUCUGAAAUGGCAAUUCAAACAGGACUGUCUUCACCAGUGAUAGAUGCUCAGCCUGUUGCUUAUCGUGAACCACCAUUCUGGUGUUCAAUCUCUUAUUACGAAAUGAAUCAAAGAGUCGGAGAAACAUUUCAUGCUUCACAACCAUCUCUCACAGUUGACGGUUUCACAGAUCCGUCUAAUUCCGAAAGAUUUUGUCUUGGACUUCUCUCUAAUAUACACCGCAUACAUCAAAUAGAACAGACAAGGAGACACGUUGGUAAAGGAGUAAGAUUUUACUACAUCGGUGGUGAAGUGUUUGCAGAAUGUCUAAGUGAAAGUUCGAUAUUCGUACAAAGUCCAAACUGCAAUAAAAGAUAUGGAUGGCAUCCUGCCACUGUAGUUAAGAUUCCCCCUGGCUGCAAUCUUAAAAUAUUCAACAAUCAAGAAUUUGCUGCUCUUCUUUCUCAAUCUGUCAACCAGGGAUUUGAAGCAGUUUAUCAACUGACUAGAAUGUGCACGAUUCGCAUGAGUUUUGUUAAAGGAUGGGGAGCCGAAUACAGACGACAAACUGUCACAUCUACACCAUGCUGGAUUGAACUCCACUUGAAUGGACCUUUGCAAUGGUUGGAUAAAGUUUUAACACAAAUGGGAUCACCACGUACUCCAUGCUCCUCUAUGUCGUAAAGGCUGCAAAGAAUUUUUCAACCUCAAAACAAAAACAAUGUUGAAAUAUGAUAUGAUCAUACCAAAAGUCAACCCUGUUUUUUACCAGGCAUUAGACAGUGUGAAGAUAUGUGUCAAUGCUGCCAUUACUACUUGCCUUUGUAAGAGACAAUGAUUUAAUAGAAUUUACUGAUAAUCCUUUUUAGCAAUAUCUCUUUACAAUCGGUAAUCUCACGACUUUCAAAAACUUAAGAUGGUUUCAUCUAGUAUUGGCUAACAAAGACUUUUUGAGAUCACCCAUGAGUGCACAGCACAAGACAUGAAUUUUUUUAAACAUUUUUUCAAUGAUACCGAUGUGUGAUAUGAUCAUCGUGUUGUUUUUAUAUAUUCUGUUUCAAAUUUUAACAAUUUGGUUCUGAUGUGAGGGUUCAAAGUUGGAAGUUAAUUUAUCUUUAAAGUUGAGCAGAUUUUUGCUAUGGAAUUUCUCUAAUAUUUUCCUCGGUUAGAUCAUCCGGUCAACUCUCUGAAUAGAUUUGAAAACUUUUCAAAUGCUUAUAUUCUUAACUGGUUGUAAGUACUGAUUGAAAACUCUUGUCUUAGAUUGAUGCCAUAACUUGAAAAUCACAUGCUAUUUUUAUCUUCUUUAUUAUUCGAAUAGUUUAUAUUUUUACAGUCCUGCCAAUUAUGACAAUUUGGUACAAAUCCUUUCUUGUUUUUUCUUUUUUAUAAUUCGAACAGUUCACAGACGUAUGUUUUUUUACUUGGCAUAGAAUGUAUUUUGGCUUUUCUAUAAAGUGACUGCUUGCCAUAGCAUCACUUGAAUAAUGUUCCGUUAUGUUACAAUCGUUCAUUCAUUUUUUCUAGGGCAUAUGUAUUCUGUACUAAACUCUAGUUGAUGACAAUGUCCCGAUCACAUGUGUGGAAAUGUUCUGACUUCGGGAUUUAUUCAGGACUUACAAAAAAUAUCAAAAAUCUAUCCGAAUCUAUCUAGCCUCCUUCUACCUUGACUUUUUUGUUAAAGACGAAUAUCCAUUAUCAAUUAUAAUCUUAAUUCUUAUUUUAAUUUAAUCAGUAAUAGAAAGCGACAUUUUUUAUUAGUUGAAGGGGUGUUACGGCCAGUCUGAGCAUUUUUUUUGUCAGAUUUGAGACUGAAAAUUGGCUUAAUUCUCAUAAACUAACAAUUUUUAUGCGCAGCAAUAGUGCAGAUUGCUUGAUAAUUUACAUUGUACAGAUUGUUGUAAUAAUUGAAACAUUUUGUGUUCUUGUAUGUCAUGUCGUGUCUUUUUAAGGACAAUUGUGUACUUAAUAAAUGAAUAUCAUUUCUUUUCAAAAAUAUUAGUCGUUCACUUUCCUGAUGAAAUACAUGCCCAGUUUUUAUCUAGCAUUAUAUUAUGUGCUCCUCUACAGCAUUUAAUGCCUUUUAUCUACUUUUUUUCUAUGAUUUUGCUUGUUUACCGAACUGACAUUAGGGAUAUUGUGCAUUUUUAAUCAGCAUUUUCUUUUUACUAGUAUGUGUGAACUAUGUAUAUUUUGAGAAGGUAAAUACGGCUAUAAACUCGUUUGCAGCAGAUAAACUGCUAAAGGUUGAAAAUAUUACCAUUUCACAAAAGUUUCAAAAACACUAUCUAGCAUUCAGAAGAUAAGAUAAAAAUCAUUUGUUUCGAACUUUUGCUUGUAACAAACAACCUUUUAGUAACUACUGGACUUGUUAAAAUAAGCCAUGUAAAGUGUCCCAAUCAGACAUGUAUCCUGUCCACAAGUAUUCCAUUGCAGUCGUUAAAAUAAGCCUCUUGUCCUAUGUUGCAAUUUAAUUAUGCCACGCUGCUAGCAUGGCAUAAUAUAGUCUUAUUUGAAUCUGGUGAGAUUCCUGUUGAAUACUUUGUUUAUUACUAGCUUUUCAGUUGGUUUUAAUUGUGUCCAUCUGUCAUAUUCCGGUCUUCAUUGUUAAAACAGUAUUAUUGUCCACAAUAGUUCACGUUGUAAAUACUUGUUCAAGCAAUACAGUAGCUAUGAAAUAAA